AUUCCAGGGCGCUGUUGCAAAAAGCAAGCGUUCGAAGAGAGAGGUUCACUUACGAACUGUGCUUGCUAGAAGUGAGAAAACAUUAGAGCUAUAUUUCACCGUUAAGGUUCGGAAAUUGAGAAGAGGCUCUGGAUUCUGCAGAAAUGAAGCGUCUAACGGUUUUGGCACUGGCCCUAAUGUCAGUUGGCUUGGCGUCAUCUGCAGUGUCGAAGAAGGAUAACCCUGGCAAUGACGAAAAUGAUGUUCUGAGCGAAUACCUUGCGGAAGCUAAUCUUGAAAUAGGAAACGACACACAAAUGAUAGGUCUGCUUCUCCGAGAGAUGAGCCACAUAAUUAGGACCGCUGUUGAGGAAGAAGGUCGGAUUGCUGCUUUCGACGAUGAGGUUUCAGAAUAUGGUUUUUGGGGCGGGCUGUGGCAGGGUGUUCAAGCUUUUGCCCACUGGGUGUACGACAAUGCUGAAGUACUUCUCAAAGUCGCGGUGAAUAUAUUGGAGCUUAUCGUAAAGCUUAAGUCAGGGAUGUACUACUUGGAAGACAACGGGUCUACUGCGCCAGCGGAUGCCUGGCUCCGCCUGUGUGAAGAUAUUGACAAGCUGGGAGCCGGGCUGAUCGAAAGGAGCAGGAGUGUUGCCGGGGUGGUUUCCGUCAACCACGUCGGAGAAAAGGAGCAGGCGGCCAUGGCUCGCCUUACAGCUCACUUGCAACGCCGCACCCGACCUUGAAAAAAAGCCGAAUAAACUGACGUGCACACAGUCCUGCUUUGUAUUGCUACUAAAACUAAA